CAAAACCGGUAGACAAAGUAAAACACCUACAAUGAUUUUUUACAAGAAACAAAUUCUUCUUCGUUUUUUCUUGACUUUAAGCGUUUUUAAUGCGGAUGGCAGAAGGAUUGAUCAGCUCAGCUAUAAGAAAACGUACAACUUUCCAUUGCUCCGCAAUAUGGAUUAUGGCACCAUUAUUGGCACGGCUGAUGAUGUCGACACUGGCACGGGCACGGGUAUGAAUAUUGACGCUGGUACUGGCACUGGCACAGGCACGGGCACAGUUACUGGUACUGGUUCUGGUACUGGUUCCGCUAUUGAUCCCGAUCUUGAGAACGACACAAAACCAGCCGACUCAUUGGUAGUGAUCAAACCAACGCAGUCGAAGGAUAGCUCUCGCAUGUUUAAGGGUUUCCUUUUAAGAGCUCUUUUGGGUCCUAUUAGUGGCGGUAGUGGAAAUGGUUACUCCGGAACUCCUUACAUUAUAUUAAAUAUACCUAACAAUAUCACAAAUAUCAAUCAGAAUAACUUGACUAACACGGCGACGACCACCACUACCACAACUACCGCAGCUCCCGCAACCCGUAUAUUAUAUCAACCACUACCCUUUUCAUCGCCACAAAAUUACGACCAACGUGGCAGUGACACUGAAAAUGAAGAACUGUUCCAAAAUUUUAUGCUCAGUCCAAAUAAUCAGUUGAUUCCUGUUUAUUUACCGCCGGGAGUGGAGACUUUGAUUCAAGAUAAUGUCGUUCGUCCUGGUUUUGGUCAACGAAGGCGGGGACAGACAAAUCAAAAUUAUAACAGCAAGCCUGUCAAUCCUUUUUCUGCGUUUACAAAUAAUCUCAAACGUAUACAAUAUUGGUAAUUCAUGGAGGAUGAAUAAA